GAGUUGUUUACCUUCAUAAAGCAGUAUUGCAGUCUGGCGGCCUCUGGCGGUGAUCGGUGUGAACAACAAGCAGCCGCCACACUAAUAUCCAGUGUUGGAGUUGCAGCAGCAGCAGUAGCAGCAGCAGGACCAGCUCAGAUCCAGCUCCGACCUUCAUCGUCUUCUGUCCAUCUGCCCCACCGUCCACACGGACACCGAAGACAGGCUGUUGGCAGAGUCCGCACGGAAGACGCUGCACGGGGCCAUGCGCACAUCCUUUCCCCUGGCCAGCACCAUCCACAUCCUCUAUUGAAUUCUGCGGGAUCGGUCCAUUCAUACAGAGCCGAGGUAGGAGGAGGAGGAGGAGAAGGAGGUGAGCACUGCAGCAGACAUGCCGGGCCUGCUCCUCAUCCACACAGUCAUCGCUCUGCUGAGCAGCUGUGACGUCCUCACACUAGACCCCUCACAGCGUGUCACACCACCUGAUCUACUCCGAGAUGAACGUCCGGCCCUGCCGCUCCUCAUCCAGGAGCUGGUCAGAAGCAGACGCCAUGUGAUCCAAGAGUUAGUGCGAGUCCAGCCUCAUCUGGUUCAUGACAUGGGUCGGCCAGAGGUUCAGGAAAUCUCCCGCUCCCAGCCUCAGAUGAAGGUGGUGGCUAACUCCUCUGGUGCAAAUCAACCGUCUGCUGCCUCAGAGAGUCAGGGUGAAGCCAGGCCCUCUGCUGCUGCUACUGCUAUGGAUGACAACAUGGACGUGGAAGAUGAAAUGGAGCGGAUGGUCCACCUGGUCUCCCCCCAGGACUCUGAGCGUUACAUUGGACAGACAGACCUCUCCCAGGAGGCCUCAGGCUUCUAUGGCACAGACAUGGAGGACAGAGACAGAGGAGAGGAAGGGGGAGACGAGCGAGCGAGACGAGGGGGAGAGGAAGAGUGGGAGAGAGACACUGGGGAAGACAGAGAGCGAAGAGGGGGAGACAGAGAGGGUGAAGCAGACAAUGAAGAUGCAUCAGAGCUUGGCCAUCUAACACCAGAUCUGGACACUCUGAUUGGUUACAGUCCAUCGGCCCACCCCCCCAGCUCUGUGCAGCCUGACCUGUCCUCCCCAGCUCAAAUACAUGAGACUGGGCCACAGGAGCAUCAUGCUUCUCCUGUCCUAGAGCGGGAGCCGUGGGAGACCGAGGGGGAGGAAGAUGUUCUGUCCAGUGGUUAUGGACUGGUUCACUCCUCUGUCACUACAACUACUACGGCAACAUCUGCUGCUCCGUCCACUUCUCCUUCCACUCUUUCUGCUGAGGUCGCUGGAGGAGUGGAGGUCGUAGACACUGCCGCCCCUGAGACUGACUCUAAUGCUGGACUGUGGACUAGUUUUACCAGCAAAGAUGAAAACAGCAGAAAAGAAGACGAAGAACUGACUGGUGUUUCCAGACAAAAUCCCACCGAACCAGACGUCGGCAUGGUUCCAAGCAAGGAGCCCCUGCAGCCUGCUGUUGAGGAAGAUGAAGAGGCAGGAGAAGAAGAUCUGGAUGUCAGAAAAUUUGGACUGGAGGACAGCAGUGAAGGUGAAGAGGACGAGAAGUGGAGAAAGACAGAGAGUGACGGGACGAGGACGCAACACCUCGUACCUCUCACUGCAGACUCCUCUCUGACCGCCAGCUUCAACGACUCCUCUUCGGAUUGGCUGGACAAGUCCACACCCAUACAGACUAAGAGGUCAAAGGUCGGAGGCAGUCGUCUCAAGACUGAGGAGAUGAAGGAGGCGCAGCAGGUCGUGUGUCUGGACUGGAAAGAACUGGUUGGCCGAGGUUACGUUAUCCUAAACAUGACGCAAAACCUGAACUGUGAGGAGUUCCGUGCUGAUCAAGGAGUGCGUUUGCUGAAGAUCAUGGAGCAUGUGUUCGCUCGGAGGAUGAACAGCCCCGAGGGAUCAUGGGUUCUCUACCUCAGCAAGCCCACACACCAGCAACACCAGCUGCAUAUGAACGUGGCAUCUGAAAGUGGUGUGAUAGCCACCAGUGAUGUUCUGGACAUGUUGGGGGAGAUCAGGAAAAGUCUAAACAAGGUGGGAAUCCAGAACUACAGUGCGACCAGUCGUUGUCACUCUCAGCCCAGUCAAACCCGCAGUGACUAUGGGAAGCUGUUUGUGGUUCUGGUAAUCAUUGGCUCCAUCUGUAUGGUCAUCAUCACAUCUGGAUUCAUUUACAUCUGCUGGCAGAGGCGACUUCCUGCAACCAAGACCAUGUUCCGUGCUGAGGAGCUUCACUUUGUGGAGAAUGGUUGCCACGACAACCCUAUGUUAGAUGUAACCAAUGACAGCCAGCCUGAGAUGCAGGAGAAGAAGCCGAGCACCAACGGGCUGGCAGGGGCAGGAGACAGAGGCAAAGAGGACAGCAGUCGCUGGCAGGUCUUUGUCAAUCAAGCAGCAGCUGAAGAGGAGGAAGAGGAGCAAGACACUCACCUCUGAUGGAUGAACAAGGAGGGAACAUUAUAAAGGAGGGGCAUCAUGUAUAGAACUACAGACAGGAAAAAAUGAUGUUCAGGGUGAAGAUGAUGUGAUCACAUUGGCAGGAAACAGAAUGUAGUCUGUAGUGACUGAGAAAGAGAGUAAGUAGAUCCAGGAGCAGCAGGAGUCACUAUUGUCACUACAGAGAGUAGACAUUAACAUUAACAUCUCAUGCACAGAUUCCUGGAGAUAAUCAACUCACUGCUCAUAGGAUGGAUGUUAGAUCUUUACUAACUUCGACCAUACAAACACUUCAGUUUAUUGUGCCUUAUUCUUUAGCUCAUAGAAAAGUCCACAUGAUAGUAUUUUCCACAUUUCAUAUGAAAAUUAAAUAAAUAAAGCUGAACAAUUGUGCAUAUUUCCACAAGCUUUUGACAGAUUAGCUACUACUUAGAUGCUUUCAAUUGAGACCCGUGUUUAUACAGUAGCUAUUUUACCAUCAUUGAUGACAGCAGUGACUCCUCUCAGCUCCUCCUCCCAACCACUGGACAGGAAGUACACACCGAAGCGACUUUGAAAGUAUGGUCAUGGCACUUUAUUAAUUCCUUUAGGAAAUAGUGACUAUCAGUGUUAAAAUGCUGCAUCAUGUAAACGUAUCACAUAAAGUCUUUGAAAUACUUCUAUUUUGCUUAUAGGAAUGGUUGUAACCGCAGAGGCCGCCAGUGCACCCUCCUCCACCAGUGUUUAAUAUAUGUGUGUGCUGUUAGCUGAUGCUUUUUUAAUCGGUAAUGGAAUGCCUGCUUGAUGCUACUGGCUAAAUCCUGAGGCUAUCACACAUGGGUAUGAAAUGCAUGAAAUACACAACAUACAAUACAUACAGUGGCUCGUGCCUGGGUUAAACUCCCGAACCCAAGCAAAAUCUAAAGUUUCAUGUGUUUAAAUGUUAAAUGUUAGGAUCACCAAAGGAUGUGCCCGAUUGACAGGUUCAUUUGUAGAUCACAAUCUCAUGCAAAUGUGUUGCACAGGUUAAGACACAGUUAAGUAGUUCCAUUCAUUGAUGUACAAUACAAAAUCAUGUUUGACAGGUUAUUCUCCACUCACGUUGUUAAAUGGAGACAUAUUCCGGACCUUGACUCUUGAAGUUAAAAUCUUAAAGAUACUGCACUGAUAUUUCGGUUCUGACAAAGUGAUUUAUUGACCUCUAAAUUAAAUUACAACUGGAUGAUUUUUUUUCUCUGUUCAACCCUGUACAUUUGCAGAUAUAGUCCUAUUGCUGACUUUAUUUGCUAAAUUAGCAUGUAAAGUUAAUAAUGACUCUGAUGAUGACUCUCUGUUUUUUAUCCCCAAUUGUAACUUAGCUUGAAACUCACAUCAGCUAAACUUUGCUUUACAUCAGUGUUAUUCAGCUUUACUAAAUUUGUGAUAUUAGUUACAUGACUGUAGGAGUUUUUUUUUUAAUUUAUUUAAGGUAUUUAUUUGGAUUUGUACAUCUCUGAUGUGCAAAUCCAAUUAAAAAACACAUACCUGGGGUCAAAAUAUUUUAAAAAUAAAAUUAAGUAUUUUAGCUCCAUUACAUCAUGAUGUAAUAUACUAUAUAAUAUUUUACUCCAGUGGCAAAUUCAGUCAAGUCCAGGACUGUAAAUAUACAGUAUCAUGUUUAAAUCCCAUUAAAAAUGCUGAAUGAUGAAGGUGAUAUCAAAAAUACCACAGAAAAUAUAUUUCUAUAAAAAUGUAUGUCUCACAAAAAAGCCUUCAGAAGUCAAUUGUUUCACAUUUGUUUUACUCUGAUUGCAUUUGUUUCAUCUGCUGUUCGUCUCCUUCAGUGUUACUCUUUAUUGUAUCUACAGUAUAUUUUAUAUGUUUUUGCUGUUUUACGUUAAAUGUUCUCAAUGUAACAGGUGUGUUGUAUAAUGAAUUUUCUACAAAUUACACUGAAUUAUUAUACAUAUUUUAUUAGAUGCAGGGGACUUUAGUACAGUACUUGCAUUUGGUAGAGCUAAUUUUUGAGAGCACAAGGUGGAAAGCAGC